AUGUCCGAUACGCUUCAACCAAAACAUCGCUCAUCAUCCUACCAACGCCUGAAAGCCAAACUGAAGCGCAACCCUUCCUCAUAUACAGCCGUCGACAAGAAGGAUUGGCCCAGACCACAAAAUGUAACCGAUCUACUGAUUCAUGCAAUCAAAGGAGGAGGCAGAGCAUUCCUAUUGGCAUAUGGUAUUCGAGCUGGUGUUAUCUUUUGUUUAAGCCUGCUACGAGUGAUCCGAAAAAGGGCUGCGUUCGGCAAUAUCAUUACAGCAUCGCUUAAAAAUGAGACGGCAUUACGAUUUGCUGGCAUGUUUGGAAGCUUUGCAUUCUUAUGGAAACUAGUCAACAAUGGCAUGCGGAUUUAUCGUGACAAGGAUGAUCGUUUGAAUGGAUUGGUCGCUGGUGCCGUUGCUGGAUUGGCUAUUUUAUGUGAAAAGCAAGAGAAACGGGUGGAUAUUGCACAACAGCUUUUUGUCAGAGCUUUGCAAGGCGUCUACAAUGCUGGCAAGGCAAGGGAUAUCUUAUACUUUAAACAUGGUGAUGCACUUUUGUUUGGCUUGGCUUGUGGUCAAAUUCUAUACGCAUAUACGAUGCAACCACACACUUUGGACCCUGGAUAUUACAACUUCAUGGUUAAAACAGCACGUGUCCCUGGUGACCUUCUCAUCCUCAAUGAAAAGAACGUACGUGGAUUCCCAGUCAGCCAACAAGAAGCCUUAGCAGCGGUCAACAAAUUUCGCCCCACAAAAAAUGCGUUGGCAAUCACCAAAGCCAUGCCAGAGUAUCCAGCUGCCAUUCCUUGUGAGAUGAUUCACCCUUGGGUGGAUGGAUGUCAUAAUACGGCUGUCGAACGAUUCCUGAAGGUAUGCCAGGCCAUGUUUCCAGUCUAUGGCACAUUGCAUUUUGUACCAAUGCUAUUACUUCGCACCAAACAUCUUCGCAAAGACCCAAAAGGUAUGCUUGCAAAGACAUCCCUCGCCACCCUCAAGUCAUGUGCCUUUCUCGGUCUAUUCGUCAUGCUCUAUCAAUACCAAGUCUGCAUGCAUCGCAAACUCAUGGAUGCUGGUGUGAUCAGCAGUAACAGCAAAUACUUUUAUGGCAUCUUUGGUUUCGUUUGCUCGUUCUCAUCCAUCUUUUUGGAGGAAAAGAAACGUCGUGGAGAAUUGGCCAUGUAUUGCUUGCCCAUUGCUCUCAAGAGUGCAUACCAAAUUGCCUAUCAACGCAAAUGGAUUAUCCAUAUCAAGCAUUUCGAGGUGAUGAUGACUAGCGUUGCCAUGGCUAUCAUUAUGUCUUUUUAUCAAGAAGAGCCCGAUGUUUUAUCCUCUUUUGUUCGAAAGAUCAUGUAUCAAUUCUUUGGAAAGAACUAA